AUGAACUUAGACAAUCCUGCAAAGGCACUUAUCCUUUCACUUCUAAUGACGAUUAUUCCAAUUUUAAUAUUAAGGCUUUAAUAUUUUGAACAGAAUUUCAUAAGUCAAAUGGUUAAAUUUAAAAAUUUAAGCUAAAAAAUUAUGAAAAUGCAAUUAUUAUUUUUAAACUAAGAUAGCUGGGUUAUUAAAAGAUUUAUAAAACCAUAGAAAAAAAAAUGA